CACCGGCACCACCCUCAGCUGACAGGGAUGACACUUACGUCAUUUUUAGUACCCACCGUGCCACUACCUACUGCCAGCUUCAGCUACAGCCAACAAUUGAGCAAAUAUUCUGCUCCCCUCUAUAACGUAGCUUUACUCUACACUUCUGUAUUUUACACUUGGAACUUUCAAUUCAUUCCAAUCUCAAGAAGUUUCCGUCCCGGAAACACUUCAAAAUCCUUCUGCAUCAUCAUGGAAGCCGGUGCAGCAGGAGCUCUGUACGCCGUGGAGAACGUUCUCUACGGUGCGGCGGCAGCAAUAAAGGGCAUUACACACCCCACUCUCCCUCUCCGGGCAUCUCUUACUCACAUAACCUCUGUUCCGCUACCCCGCGCGCACCACACAGUGUCUGUCGUUAAGGGACGUGCUUAUGUCUUUGGUGGUGAGGUCGCGCCAAAUGAACUCGCUGAUAAUGACAUGAGCGUCAUUAUCCUACCGUCCUCAGGAGUGCUGGACGCAGAUUACACCACCAUCAAGGCUCGAGCAGAAAACCCCGAUGGCCCUGUUCCCGCCCCUAGAAAGGGGCACACCAGUGCAGUGAUAGGAGAUAGCAUAUAUGUGUAUGGUGGUGAAGGUGUGGAAUCUGAGAACGGCAGGGUUUGGGUUUACCAUACCAUUCGCAACAAAUGGAGCUUCUUGGAUCCUUCUCCCGAGACAAAUUCUCCCGUCCAUCGCACUGGCCAUGCUACAGUAAGCUCGGAAUUUCCAGGACCGCAAGACAUCACGUUUCAGGAGAAGGCACCGCAACAACCUACCGACCCGGCAGAUGCUGUGCCCGAGCCUGCUAAUGCCGAUACUUGGGGCACCAUCUUCGUCAUUGGGGGCAAGAACCCACAUACCGGAGACCUUCUGAAAGAUGCUUUGGCUUUUGAUGUCAAGACGCGUACAUGGUCCAAUAUCCCCACUCCAUCUGGUAGUUCGCUGCUUGGUACCAGUCUGGGAAUUGUUGGUAACCGCCUGUACAGCUUUGGUGGCAAGUCCGCUUUGAAAGAAACAUCUGACAUCGAAGCCCUUGACGUUUCCUCCCUCUGGACGCACGCAGAAGAUGGAACAGUACCAUUAACUAGUGGAUGGGCCUGGGAGCAUUUGGGAGGUCCGUCGACAUCAGCACAGGAGGCUUCAACCAAGCCCUCACCAUCCAAUGCUGCAACGCCUUCUUCAAGGUACAAUGCAGGUCUUACAGGUGUGACGACUGGCCAAGGUCGGGACUAUCUACUCUUAGUUGGCGGUGCAUCGCCUGCCCCUUCUUCGAACACGACACUCUUGGAUGAUAUCUGGGUAUAUCAGAUUGCCUCUGAGAAAGGCAGUGCUGCAGCUGCGAAAGACAGUAUUCGCAGCGGGUUGAAACGCGAUACUCACGAAGGUCACUGGGCUGAGGUAGGCUACAGAUAUGUAGAUGCCACGGGAGAGGAGGAGAAUUUGGGCGAGCAUGUCAAGGGCGUUGGACCUCGCAGCGGCUUCGCUCUUGCUCGGGGGACAGAAGUCGAUGGUGCAAGUGUGGUGGUUUGGGGCGGCGCUGAUGCUGAUGGAAGAGUACUAGGAGAUGGGUGGUUGGUCACUGUAGAGAUGUGA